GAAAAAAAUGACCACACAAAGAAACUAGACUGUGAGGCAACUUUCUUCUUCUUCUUCCUCACAAGAUUUGAGGGGAGAGAAAAUUAAAAUUCUAGAGAGAGAAAAUUAAUCUAGUUUCGAUUUCGGGUGGAAUUUUCGAAAUUCAAUAUAAUUUUCCCCAAUUUUCAAAAUCCCCAAUUUUUAGAGUUCUUUUAAUUACUUUCACCAGACGAUUUCUCAACAAGUUCUGAAUUGAAUAUCAGGAUAUUGGUGCCUUUAUAAGUCUCUGUUUGAAGCAUGCCAUUGAAGUCUAUUUCUACAUAUCAAACAGCACCGAGUUCCAAUACUACAACUACUCCAGCAGCAGUGUGUUCAGAACAGUGGUGGCGGGCUGCUCAACCCACUCCAUUCCCUUUAACUGAUGCAGGUGUUGAUGCUCCCAAACACACAUUGCUAAAUCAUCCAGUUGAAAUGUCAGGAUCUAAAGAUGACCAGUCGCUGUCAAACCCGGGGGAUGAUGAUGAGACCAGCAAGGAUUCUGAAACUACGGGCUCUACUUCCACCCCUCGUGAUGGUAGCUCUGGGCAUGAGCUUCAGAAAUCGCAAUAUGGUGAGUCCAGUAUGACUCUUGGAAGUGGGGAUUAUUUUGCACAACAUCCACAACUAGAGCUCGUCGGUCACUCAAUGGCAUGUGGAUCAACUCCUUAUCCUGAUCUCUACUAUGGUGGAAUGAUGGCUGCCUAUGGACCUCAAGCCUUGGUUCCUCCCCAGUUUUAUGGGAUGCAUCAACCUAGGAUGCCUUUGCCUCUUGAGAUGGCACAGGAACCUGUUUACGUUAAUGCUAAGCAGUAUCAUGGAAUCUUAAGACGAAGGCAAGUGCGUGCCAAAGCUGAGCUAGAAAGGAAACUCAUCAAAAGUAGAAAGCCGUAUCUACACGAGUCUCGUCAUCAACAUGCUUUGAGAAGGGCAAGAGGUACAGGAGGACGUUUUGCAAAGAAGGGUGAAAAUGAAGGUUCCGGCCACUCUGCUGAAGAGAGAAGCAAAGCUUCAGAUACAGGAGAGGUCCAUUCGCAUGAAAACAGCGUAGAACAUAAUGAUAUCUCAAACGGCUCCGGAGAAACCAGAGCCAAGGAAGGUCAGUCGAACCAGCAAUGGGGAAAUAGCAUGUCUACCAACAAGGCUCCGCAGUUUGCACUUGCCAUCUGAUGAGUUUGAUGAGGCCUAGAAUUUAACUACCGGGAUAGUAGAUUAUAUAUCCUAAUUCUCUUACCCUUUAUGUCAGAUUGAAUCAUCAUCUCGAUCCUUUUUGGAUGAGCGCGGGCAAAUCAUUCUUGGCUGGUUUUUAGUGUCGUUGGCAGAUACUAGAGAGAGUAGGAUAAAGAUGGGUAGUAGAUUAGCGAUUCAGUGGGCUUUAUGAUCGGCUUUCACUGGAUUUAUGUACAGUUUAGUUUUUUUUACUCGUAGUCGAGAGUGUUAGAUUAGUGUGAGGAAAGGCGUUGAGGCUAAGAGAGAUCAUUUGGUAGCUAUUUAUGCAUCUUGGCAACUUUAUGUUAGUACGUUGUACAUUUGUAGGGGUUAUGAUGCUGUCAGGUCAGUCUUCGAGAAUUUUUUAAAAAUUUCGUAUUCAUGAUAUCGAUACGCCCGAACACGUGAUUGGCUACAAACUCACUAGUGUUUGAACCAAAAGGUUUGGAACAAUGAGUUAUGAGACCUUCAUUUGUUGUGUUCUAUUUGCAGGUAUGAUGAUUGCAUAAUAAUGGUCUUUGUGUUGGUUUUUCUUGAUAAGAUGGAAAUAAGAGUUGAAAUAUUAUUCUUUGUGCU